GGGUGAAGGAGAGGCUCGGGACAAGUCUCAGCCGAUCCAACCCGCCUCUCGUCCCAUCUGCAUCCGGUAUCACGAGUCCAGGUCCCCCCCCCCCCUUCUCCCCGCGUUGACAAAAGCUACUUCUCCGAGUGGUGAAGAAGGAGAGCAUGAGUCCGGGGCGGGAGAGCGCGUUGCAACAGCAGGUACCGGCACCGGCAUGCGGAAAUCUCACGCAGCUUUAUGCCGGCACUGCGCUAUUGUCGAUCAAACACGCCUCCGCAGACCACUCCGAACCACGGCGCAGCAAGAAAAAAGAAAACAAGAAAAAAGAAGAAAACGAAGAAGAAGAGAAAAUGGAAUUCAAGGAGGGGCGACGAUCGCCUCGUUUCUGCUGCUAUUGUAUGUCUGUAUUGAUUGCUCUGCCUAUCUACCGUAUCAUCCGAUGAUCCUCGAUGAAUAUUGCUUCGUGCCUAUGUGCGUGCCCCGGGCUCAUCCUUUCUCCGCCCAGCACGGUAAUUGUAUCUCCUCGGGAGAAACCACGCGCCCCCUUCAGAUUUCAAAGGCUGCGGCAGGAAGCCCAAGUUAUGUGUAUCUUUCCAUGUGGAAGUAUUCUCGCUCUGCCAAAAAAAAAAAGUUGAAGGAAAUGGAAGUGUCCCGUGUCCCAGAAAUGAUGUCGAGCCAGAUUCCCUCCCGUGCCUCAUGAUGCAUAACAACGCCUGCCACUCAACUUGGAACCUAUUGUGCUGAAGAGAGGAAGAACGGGGUAAAGAGAGGGGGGGCGGUCAUCUAGCCGGUUGCGAUCCGAGAAAAUGAACAAAUCUUGCAACGAUGAAAAUAAAACUCCUCGUGGCAGCCG